AUGAUCUUCAACAGGGCAAUCGCCACGGAGGAGAAAAGCCUCGAGGGAGUGUGCAGAAGGCAAAGCCCAGGCAUGGUAUGGAAAGCAUAUGACUGGGAGAGGGGGAGUAGGAACUCAGGGGCAACCACCAGCCGCAACAUGAGACUGGCCGUGACCAUCAUAGGCCCUGGCGCCGGAAUCCAUUCCAACCAGGAGGCGUGGGGAGCAUUGGAUCAAAAUCCAAAGCUUUACCUGCAAGUCUAUGGCCAAUCAAGGGGUGCCUAUGACCGUUAUCCCCCGAGUUGGCCUGGCGGAUCCCCAGCACCCAAUUUG